AUGGUCACUCUCAACAUCUCUCCCGAAUACGGCUAUGUCGUCCUUACCGCCACAGGCACGUGCUUUCUGAGUGUAUGGCAUGGCAUGAGGUGCGGUGCAUUCCGCAAGGCCGCCGGGCUCGGUUACCCUACCCCCUACGCCGACUCUGCAAUGUUGAGCGCCGCCUCGGCCGAAGACAAGCACAAGUUGUACCUUUUCAACUGUGCUCAGCGUGCCCACGGUAACUACCUCGAGAACCACUACAUGGCCCUCACAACACUGCUUAUCGGUGGCCUCCGUUACCCUCUUCUCAGCUCGGCUUUCGGUGUCGUCUGGUCGCUUGGAAGAAUUGUUUACGCUGUCGGAUACACCGCUAAGAACAAGGACAACGGAAAGGGAAGAUUGGCUGGUGCUUUCUUCUGGCUGGCUCAGCUAGGCCUGUUUGUCAACGCUGGCUUGACCGGCUACAACUUGGCCUUUUAA